GUACCUGGAGAACCAAAUAUCUCGUACAUUUGCUCUCGUUAUUACAGGGCUCCCGAACUAAUAUUUGGGGCCACAGAGUACACAACUGCAAUUGAUAUGUGGUCGGCUGGUUGUGUUAUGGCCGAGUUACUUCUAGGGCAUAACUCUGAUGCAUUAUUCGAACACGUGCAGCCUCUAUUUCCUGGGGAAAGCAGUGUUGAUCAGCUAGUCGAAAUAAUUAAGAUUUUGGGGACACCGACAAGAGAGGAAAUCAAGUGCAUGAAUCCAAAUUAUAGUGAAUUCAAGUUCCCUCAGAUUAAAGCUCACCCUUGGCACAAGGUAUUUCAUAAGAGAAUACCACCCGAAGCAGUUGAUUUAGUCUCAAGGCUACUCCAGUAUUCGCCUACUCUAAGAUUUACUGCA